CGGCGGGGACAGCACUGACAACGACUGGACCAGGUCCUGACUUCACCACCCCGUCUGUUUAGAGCAAGAUGGCUGACGGGGAGCUGGUGAAGAAGAUGCUGCGGGCCAUCCUCCAGGCCAACAAGGGCGGAGUGUCACUGUCACGUCUGCAGUCAGAGUACAAGGAGCUGACCGGCGAGCAGAUUCCACAUAAACAAAUGGGACACAACCACCUGGACGCACUGCUGACCAGCAUGCCCUCUGUAGUCCGCAUGGAGCGCAACCGCUCUGGAGAGAUGGUUUAUUUUGCCUCAGGGGCAAACGAGACAGCCCAUAUAGCCAAGGUGGUGGCUCGCCAGCGCAGCUCCAAGAAGACAGGCAGACCUCACCUGGUCAACACCCAAAUGAGGGUCAAACCAGCAGCACCACUUGUCCUCAAUGCCAAACCUCAAACCUCACUGAGGCAGCCAAACCACCGUGGGCGAGGUGGGGGUAAAGGAGGUGGCGGCGGCCGAGGGGCAGGACAUGGAGACUUCAGACAGGCCAGGGACAUGAGGGAUGGCCAGUCAGAGAGUAAGACUGGGGCGCAUCCAAACAAGAUGUCCAAUCAGAACACUCCCAACAGGAAAGGGAACCCACCUACGGAGAAGUCAGACAAGAGGAUGACCCUCCCGUCACGGUUUCAUAAGGAGGUACAUGCUCACCUUUCCAGAAACUCCCAACAGACUGGUCACCUUCAUAGUUUCGUGGUGUGUAAAAGAAACAGAGAGCAACCCCAUCCAAGUAGUCUUUCUGAGGUUCCUGUUGACACGAGGUCUAAUUUGAAAGCACCCUUGAAUCUGAAUGAGAGCCCCAGCUCGGGGAAAGGAAAGCCCUACAACCCCCAGCAGGUCCAGGGUCGCAUCAGGGAGAUCCUGGGGAAGUACAGUAAUGGGUUCUGGGUAUCCAAGCUGCCUCAGAUCUACAGAGAGCUGUACAAACAGGACCUGCCCACUGAAGCCAUCAAAGACUUGGAGACCUGGACACACAUAUGCACUGUAGAGAAAACGUGCAGCAGCAACCCAUCAGAGCUGCUUCUCUACCCCGCCAAGGAUCAAACCACUACAUCCUCCCCUUCACCCAUCCUUACCCCAAACUCAACCACUGCCCCGGUCCCGACUACAAACACCCCUACAGAUAAACCCUUGCAUUCCCCUGCCCAACAGAGACCCCCCACCACCCAACUGACUCGCUCUGGUUCUCGUUCUCCUCGAUCUCCGCCAUCGUCCUCCUCGUCCCCCAGCCCUCCUUCCUCCCCUGCCACCCUCAGCCCCGACCUGAAGCUGAAACUGGAAGAGCUGCUAGUGAAGUACUCCAACGGCCUUUGGGCACACGCGCUGCCCAAGCUCUUCCAGGACACCUAUAAAACCAAACUGCCCGGACAUGUCCUGGAAAAUCUUCAUCUUCUCUCCGACAUCUGCACUAUUGACUACCCUAUGCCUGACAACCCCAAGAGGGCCAUCCUGUACAGGAGGAGCAGCACCGGAGGUGGAGGAGGAGAGGAUGAGAACUGCAAUAGGAGGAACUCUUCGACCAGUGAGGAGGAGAUGAGGGUGAGGCAGGAGCUGGGGAGGAGGCUCAGUAACCAGGCGGUGCCUUCUCUACAGAUCCCCAAAGAGGAGUACCCCUCUGUGCUGGUGGUGGAGGCCACCAACACCAACGGAGUUAUACUCAGGUACAUUGGUGAAGGUUACUCCCAGGCCCAGGAGUCCAUGGAGGAUGAAAUGAGGGAGUUUUACGGCCUGGACCAAAGCAGUCCAACUCCUGUGUCAUCUCCAUCCUCGGGCCAACUUGUUGCUGUCAGAGCCGAGGAGGAAGAGGAGAUUCUGAGGGCUCAAGUGUGCGAGGUCAUGGCUGACAAGGUCAAGGUUUACUAUGUGGAUCACGGCUUCUCAGAGGUGAUCAGCAAAACCAAAGUGUUUGAGCUGCAUGAGAAGUUUUUCAAACUGCCUUUCCAGGCGACCAAGUGUAAACUAGCAGGUCUGGAGCCAUUCUGUCAGGAGCCUGCAGUGCUGAAGAAGUUCGAGAUGAUGGCAAGUGGUAGGAUCCUAUUGGCUGAGAUCCUAGAGAGAGGGCAGACCCCUCUUGUCGUCCUUUAUGACACGUCGCAGGAUGAUGAUGUCAACAUCAACGCUGCCUGCAUGAAAGCUCUGCAGGACAAGACGCUAGCAAGCCCGUUACAGGUGAACAGCGCUUAUAUGAACGUGACUGUCAGCAGUGUCUGCUCAGAUGGGACAAUCUACUGUCAGCUGCCCUCCAGAGGCCUUGCCAAGCUGAAUGAGAUACUGGAGAAUAUAGAGACGUACUUCCACUCACAGGUAACAUCAGAGUUCCUGGUAUCCAGACCUUUUUGUGGGAAAGGAUGUAUGGCUCGCUACAAAGGCAAAUGGUCCCGUGUAGAGAUCACCAACCUGCAUGGCAGCAGAGUGCUGGACAUCCUGUUUAUCGACGUGGGUGUCCAGGCAUCUGUAGAGGUGUUUGAGCUGAGAGAGAUCCCACCGCUAUUCCUCCGGGACCUUAUGGCUAUCCCACCACAGGCUGUGAAGUGCUGUCUAGCAGACCUGACUGUCAGUGUUGGAUCCUGGACUCCAGAUGCUGUCCAGUGGCUUCGAGAGAAAGUGCUAAACAUCACUGACUGUAGCAUGAAGGUUGCCAAGGUGGAUGAAACCAAGCGCUGCAUCUACGUCCACCUGUUCACCGAUAAGAACUUCCAUGACCCGGCCCGCAGCCUCAACCAUCAGAUGGCCCAGUCUGACCUGUUCAAGCAGCAACCAGAUGUUUUCCUGACGAGCCACAGCCCUGCUAAGAUCUCCACACCCACUUUAUCUUCCAAGACCUCCAGUACCAGUGACUCCACUAAUGGCAAUCCGACGUCAACUUCUGUACCAGCCAAGCCUCAUCUCAGAAGGGCUAUGUCAGGACCCAGAGGAGGUGGAGGAGGAAACACAACCAUCACCACUCCAACAGAUACACCAUCAUCUCCCUUACCUUCUCUCCAGCUGCCACCACUACUAGACCUGCCCCCGGCUGGAAACAACAUAGAUGUAUACGUAUCAGUGGCGUGCCAUCCAGGCCACUUUGUGCUGCAGCCCUGGAGAGAUAUGUACAAACUGGUGGUGCUGAUGGGGGAAAUGAUUCUAUACUACAAUAAAACUGAAGAGAAACCACUCAACAUUGAGAAGAAUCAGAUAUAUGCUGCUAAAGUGGAGAACAACUGGCAUCGUGUGUUAGUGAAGGGAGUUCUGACCAAUGGAUUGGUGUCUGUCUAUGAGUUGGACUACGGUAAACACGAGCUGGUCAGCUGCACCCAGCUCAGACCUCUGAUCAAGGAGUUCAGACAGCUGCCGUUCCAGGGAAUCACUGCUCAGCUGGCUGGAGUGAAGCCGAGGCAGUGGUCAGAGGAAGCUUCCAUCGUUUUCAGGAACCACGUGGAGAAGAAACCGCUCGUGGCCCAGCUGGAGGCCAUACAGGAGGCCACUAACCCGUGGGACCGAAAGUUGACGGUCUUCCUGGUCGACACUUCACAGGAAGAAAGGGACAUUUGGGUGCAUGACAUCAUGGCUGAGUUUGCUGACGAGAUUACCAAUGAGCUGUAGAAAAAGAAGCUUCUCAACAAGUCUUACUAGUCAAGCAGUUGUCCUCUUGCACAAUGAAGACACCAUGAGUUGUGGAUAGAUGAAAUAGGAGAAGCUUAUCCAUCUUUAUCUAUCUAACAUCUAGGGAGACUGAAAGAAGAAGGAAGAGAAGAAGAAAGAAAUGAAAAGAGGGAGAAGUUAGAGUUACGAGAAGAAGGGAAAUUGAGAGGUUCGAUAGUAUGUAGAGACUGGCAUUGACAGAAAGAUAAGAGGUAUAGGCGAAAUAGCCACGUGCUUGUUGUGUGUUUAGUGGCUGUACAAUGAAGGAUGUUGUGAUGUGAUUUUGAGUGACUACAGUUUGAACAUUGGAUAAUACACCCAUGCAUGAUGUUGUGGUUAAGUCCAAACUCGCUCACAUUUACGGUACAAAAGCUGUUAUAUCUAUCCAUAUUAGUCUCACAGAGGUGCGGAAAUGAUACAACAGGCAUUCUUAUACCAUUUGGUAUGGGCUUUAAUCCAAAGCAGCAUCCUAGAGUACCGUGAGCGCAUGCAGUUUUAGUGUGUGUCAUACUGGAAUACCCAAAGGCCCUGCCAAUGUGAGCACCAUGCAAAGGGCACAAAAUGUUCCCAUUGACUCAGCAAGUUCUCUCAUGCUAGGAAAACUUGUAUGCAUUUGUUUACAAAACCUGCUUUUUGGACGGUAUGUGUGAUUGUCAUAAAGUUUAAAAAGUAAGAGCAAACAUUCCCCUAAGAGGAGGAGACUUGGACGAGUCAGUGAGUUAUUGGAGACAGACAUAGAGAGAGCAGAGGGGGUUGAGUCAAACUUUUGGGACAAAUUGUUUAUUUUGUGAUGGAUUUUAUUUAAACUCAGACAGUGUGCAGAAUUUACCUUCUCGGUAAUAGACAGGAAGUGUCUAAAAUGUCAUGAGAAACGGUUUUUGUUUUUGCAGUUGCUCCUUUUUAGCACAUGCAUGCUAACACAGAGUCUGCUGUACUUACUGGACAAGGAAGACAGAGAAGUUAAUAGGGUUUGCUGACAAGUGAUACAUUUAGUAUCAUAUGUUUUGUGUUUUUUUUUUUUUUAAUUCUUACAUCAGUUGUUUUUAGUGGUACAUCCUGGCCCUGCCUGUACUGUAAAUAAGCGGUGGUUUGGGAUUUUCUAUUUAAAUAAAAGACUGAACUUAAGGCUGACAAAAGUAUCAAAGUUACAUUGUGACCGCUUGUAAACAAGAUAAAUGUGACUUUCAAAUUUAUUUUUUGAAGAAAAAAAAAAAAAAA